AUGCUCAGCCGCCUUCUCGGAAAGAACGUUCUCAUUACCGGAGCCUCCUCGGGCAUUGGCGAGGCCUGCGCCUACCAAUUCGCAGCCGCUGGAGCCAACGUUAUCCUGACAGCGCGGCGCAAGGACAGGCUCGCCGAAGUGCAGCAGAAGAUCCACACCAUGUGGCCCUCCGUCCAGGUGCACACGGCCGGCCUCGACGUGCAGAGCAGCCACGCAGUCGACCAGGCGAUCAGCAGCAUUCCCGAAGCGCUGUCAUCCAUCGACGUCCUUGUCAACAACGCCGGGCUGGCCAUGGGCGUCGACCACGUCAGCGACGUGGCGGACAGCGUCAUCGACGCAAUGGUUGAUACGAACGUCAAGGGCCUUUUGUAUGUGACGCGCGCGGUUGUGCGCGGGAUGAAGGCGCGUGGGAGCGGGCAUGUGAUUAUGAUGGGGUCGAUUGCCGGCAUGGCCGGCUACCAGGGCGGAUCCGUGUACUGCGCGACGAAGAGCGCCGUGCACGCGAUCUCCGAGGCCCUGCGUGCGGAGACCAUUGGCGUGCCAAUCAGGGUUACCGACAUCAGGCCGGGCAUGGUCGAGACCGAGUUUUCUGUCGUGCGGUUCGGCGGCGACCGCGACCGCGCCGGCGAGGUGUACCGCGGCAUCGAGCCGAUGACGGCCGGCGACGUGGCCGAGUCGGUGGUCUUCGCGGCGUCGCGCCACCCGCGCUGCGUCGUCGCCGACGUUGUUCUUUUGGCCAGCGGCCAGGCAUCCGCCACGCUGGCGCACAGAAGGUGA